AAAUCAUAUAUACACACACGUUGAAGAAGGACAGCCGAUAAUAUAUAAUUAUUGCGCGGGCGCGGGUCAAUAGUCGGCCACGUUGCCUGGCGACGCUCUCACUUCGUAUUCUCUCGAACUCUGGAACACGAUCGGCACAUCAACUUGUCUUCCUCCUUUGACCGUACUCGCGCUCGGUACGCACGCGAAAAGAAAAAGCGAAGAAGAAGAAGCAAAGUCUACACCGGCCUUUCCCAACAAAUCCCAGCAAAGUCUUUCCUUUUCGUAAAACAUCUCUCGAAGUGUGGAUUUCGAGAUCGAUCAACUUUCAUCUCACCUGAGUGAUCACGAUAAAGAUCAGCCUCUUCACACUGGCUUCUCUUUGAGAAGAUCUCGAGUACGUGUUAAUGGACAUUCUACCUGAGUAUUGAAUAUAGUUUCCAAAAACAUCGGUAUGGAACCGAUUAAUUCAGAAUCUGUAAUUUCCGAUCGAACGAUCGACGAGGAAAAUGUGAAAACGUUGAAAACGAAAAAAUUUGAAAUAAAAUCGAAACGUUCAUCAUACGAAAAAUUCGAAGACGCUUGCGGCUUUAAAUUCGUCGAAUUAUCGAGUUUCGAAAAUUUUGUGCGACUACUCUAUCGACCGACGGAUCCAGCAAAUUUGGGUAUAACGAGAGCACUUUUUGGUUUGUGUAUGAUAGUGGACGUUGUCGAAGAAAGAGGAUUGGCGGAUAUCGAUAUAAAAUGGGGAGAUUCAUGGGAUUGUCAUUUCCCACUGAUUCACGGAAUGAAACCACUUUCAUUACCUUGGAUGAUAGUACUUUACGGUGCAAUGUGGUUAGGUGCUUUUGGUAUCAUGCUUGGUGUCAGAUUUAAAUUUGCUUGCGCUUGCUUCGUCGUUCCUUACUGGUAUAUAUUUCUAUUGGAUAAAAGUUAUUGGAACAAUCAUACUUAUCUUUAUGGUAUCGUAGCGACUCUUUUUUGGUGUACCGAAGCAAACAAGUACUUUGCGUUCGAUGCCAGCGAUGCUAAAAAAAUAAAGGAAACCGUGCCACUGUGGAAUUAUUUUAUUUUAAGAUUUCAAUUUUUCGUUCUAUACUUUUUGGCCGGUUUAAAGAAAUCCGGUAAAGAAUGGCUCGAAGGAUAUUCCAUGUUGAAUCUCUCGAGACACUGGGUUUUCGAUCCGUUCAAAAUUUUCUUGACUACCGAAGAAACAGAUUUCUUUAUAGUCCAUUGGUUCGGUUUCAUUUUUGAUUUAACUGUUGGAUUUUGGAUGUUGUUCGAUAAAACUCGAUUACCAGCUAUGAUAUUCUGCACGGCCUUCCACUUGAUGAACUCGAGACUGUUCAGUAUAGGUAUGUUCCCAUACGUUUGCUUAGCGACAAUGCCCCUUUUUUGUAAUGUCGAUUGGCCGCGAACUUUUUACUCUUGGAUCGCGUGUAAACAAAAUAUCUUACUUUCCAAAUGUGUAAAUGUGAUAAAAAAUUGUUUCCAAAGUCCAGUUAAUAAACUGAUAAAUGAACAAACGAAAGAGGUUACUGAUCUAAAUGAAUUCGAUUCGCAAAAAGCUAAUAUGGACGUAAACGAACGCUAUGAGUCGUCUGAAAAUGUAAAACCUAUCGAUAAGUCAACGAUGAAAAAUGUUAAUUCAAAAAAAGUAACGAAAAAACAACAAUUUGUCGUAUCUAUGUUAUUACUUCAUAUUGUCUUACAAUUCUUUUUACCCUACUCGCAUUUUAUCACGAAGGGUUACAACAAUUGGGUUCCAGGUUUGUAUGGCUAUUCCUGGGACAUGAUGGUCCACACUUGGGAUACAAUAUUAGUUGUGAUACGAGUUCACGAUAAUGAGAGCAACGAAGAUCGUUUUCUCGAUCCCGAUACAUGGGUACAGAGUGAUCGAUGGGUGAAACAUGGAGACAUGGCGAGACAAUAUGCUUUUUGUAUAAAGAAUAAUAUACUACGACAGAAAGAGGAAGCUCUGAAUAACAAUCCUAAACACGAAGAAAGAGAAAAAUGGACUAAACUCUCCUCGAAUUUAAGCGUUUACAUGGAUGUAUGGUGUUCCUUGAACGGAAGAUUUCAACAAAGAAUUUUCGAUCCAAACGUUGACAUGUUAACGGUCGAUUGGCAUCCUUUUAAACAUGUUUCCUUUGUAAUGCCACUUCUAACACAAUACAACUCUUAUCGACAUAAAAUGAAUGAUAUUCAAAGAGAUGUAUACAGUUGGUCAAACUACACCGACGUUCUCUUCGUAGCCGAUUUUCCAAGUAUGUCAUUGGAAAAUUACAUUAACAGUGAUUUCACGAAUGUAUCGUUGACGGUCCUCGAAGGUGAAGUAGCAUAUAACGAAGAAAAUCAAAUGGAAAGUGUCACUUUAAAGAAAGGAUUGUCAAUCGACGUAAAAACCGAAAAAUUUCACAGAAUUAAAACGAUUACUCCUUAUCCAGCCUGUUACAUGUAUACUUAUACCAAUCAAACGAAACAAAAAUUGGAUAUUGACAGACAAGUUGAAGACACUAAUACAAAGGAACCAUUCUCCCUCGUACAGGAAUUAAAUUACAAGAUUGAUUCUUGGGCGAGGGCAUUUAGUCAUUUAGCAAAUGCCUUCUUCAAUCUUGUUUACGACGUUCCUAUGAUACGAAGAGUACGGGUUAAGAGACAAGCCUAAGAAAACAAACAUAGAACAAAGUGAUCUCAGAUUAAACCAAAUUAUAUAGAUAUAAUGUUAAAUCGUAAAUAAUUUUAUUUUAAGUAAAGAACUCAUUAUUAUCAUUCAAAAAUUUUAAAGACCUAUUUUUGUACAUUCACAAAUACAAGAAUGUUUAUAAAAUUUCUUAUUGAUUAAUCGAUACAGAUUUGAUUAAUUUAUAAUUUCCGAAAUAUUUAAGACAUCAGAAAUUAUUGUUAAAAAUAUUUUAAUAAUAGAAAAAUUGCAUAAUAUUGUUACUACUUAUUUAAAUCUGUGAUUUUUCUAUUCUUUAUUACCGAUAGACAAAAUUAGCGAAAACUGUAUUACCGAUAAUUGGACAUUGUCGGUAUAUUAUCUUCCAUUGUUAUUUUUUGUUAUAAAGAUGAAGUAUUUUUCAUAAGAUUAUUAUAAAAAAUUAUCUAAGAAAUUAAAAUUAAUAUUAAAAUAAAAGAUAA